AUGCGUGUAGCUCUCCUAUUGGCCUCUCUAUUCGCAAAUUCCUUCGCAGCGCCCAUCCCCCGUGCCGAGAGGCCCUUGCUUCGUCGCACUGUGAACGCGAAGCGCGGUAUUGCAUUUUCGGAUACGACGACUUCCGACCUCAGCAAUGCGGCCAAUACAGCGAUUUCCUGGGAAUAUAAUUGGGCCGUCACUCCUCCAACAAAUUUACCGUCAGGAAUAGAGCACGUUCCUAUGCAGUGGGGACAGGCUAACAUUGAAGCUUUCGAGAACACCGUCAAGGAAGCUGGUGCCAAAUAUGUGUUGGGAUUCAAUGAGCCUGAGCAACCGAGUCAAUCUAAUAUCAACGCAACGGCUGCUGCAUCGCUCUGGCAGAAAUACAUGAAUCCACUCAGUGCUUCUGGCAUCAAAAUCGGUGCUCCUGCUGUAUCAUCUGCUCCCGAAGGAAAAACCUGGCUCGAUGAUUUUUUUUCUGCGUGCGACAAGAAGUGCAAAAUCGAUUUUCUUCCCCUUCAUUGGUAUGGCCAGGGCUCGCAGUAUUUCUUGGGAUAUUUGUCGGACAUGCAUACAGCUUUUCCUGAAUACAAUCUGUGGGUGACGGAGUUUGCAGAUACUACAAUGAAUAACGAAGCCACUGUAAAAACCUUCCUCACGGAUUCAAUACAGAAAAUGGAUGCGUUGACAUACGUUGAGCGCUACUCCUGGUUCGAUUAUUCGGUAAAUUUCUAUCUACUCGACGACAACGGGGCAUUGAAUGAUCUAGGGAAAGCGUAUAUUCAAUGA